ACGGGCAUGUCACGUGACAGAAAAGUUAAGCAAAUCACAUAAAUUCUAGCGCAUUGUCAACGUCAGUUGAAGGACGGCGGAUUUAAUUUAUACACUGAACAACAAUCAUGGAGUCUGUAUAUCUAUGUAUGUUGCUCUGUGUAAUAUGUGCAGUUGUAAACCUGAACACAGGCGCUGCGGCUUCAUCAGGAGUCCUCGGUUCCAACUGCACGGGAAAAGCAAAUUGUUCGAGUGCAGGAAAUGCCUCGUGUACAUCAAAAAUAUGUCAGUGUGAUGCCACCUUUAAAGAUGUGCAAGGGAAAUGCACCCCCAUAAUUAUCGGCAAAACUUGUGAUAUUACAACUGAAUCGACUGUAUGCACACUAACGAACUCCAAAUGCUUUUCAAAAAAAUGUGCAUGUAAAGCAGGUUACAAGAACAAAGAUGACGCAUGUGUGAAAAUUCUUGGAGCUUUAUGUAGUACUGGAUCAAAUUGCACUGGCACGCCAAAUUCGGAUUGUCUCACAGGCAAAUGUUCUUGCACUGCAACUUUUGUUGAGGAAAAUGGGGUUUGUUCAAAAGCGUAUCUUUGGUAA